GUCAUGUGACCAGCAGGAAGUGAAAGCUAGGGAACGGGUUGUUUUAGGAAACGGGUUUUGUUGAUGAACCACUUGUCACAGCGCCAUAGACUCACAUAGUCACAGUCUGGAACAUGAUGACUCCUCUACUCUUCUUCGCCUUCCUCCUCCUCUCUCGUCUGCCAGGCUCUCUCUGUAGGGUGACCACUGUCGGUGAUCUAAGGGUUCUGGAAGGUCGAUCGGUGAUGAUCCCAUGCCAUUACGGGCCGCAAUACGCCAGUUAUGUGAAGUACUGGUGCCAUGGCAGUGUAAAGGACCUCUGUACCAGUCUGGUUCGCAGCGAUGCCCCACGGGGACCAGCUGCAGCUGGAGAAGACAAGGUGGCCAUAUUUGAUGACCCGGUACAGCAGGUGUUCACAGUAACAAUGACAGAGCUGCAGAAGGAGGACUCUGGAUGGUACUGGUGUGGUGUGGAGGUGGGAGGAGUCUGGAGUGCUGAUGUCACAGCCUCCCUUUACAUCAAUGUUAUCCAAGGUAUGUCUGUGGUGAACAGCAUGGUGAGUGGACAGGAAGGGACCAGCGUCACUGUCCAGUGUCUCUACAGCCAGGGAUACAGGCAGCAUGAGAAGCGCUGGUGUCGUAGUGGUGACUGGAGCUCCUGUCUGGUGACAGAUGGUGAAGGGCGGUAUGAAGACCAGGCAGUAGAGAUCAGAGAUGACCUGACCAAGGCUUUCACUGUCACCCUGAAGGGACUGGCCCGGAGAGAUACAGGCUGGUACUGGUGUGCUGCAGGACAGCAACAGGUGGCUGUCUACAUCCUGGUCACUCCUCCAUCCACAACAGCGCCUGCUCCUACAGUUACAUCCCCACCAGAAGAAAGCCCUCAGGCUGUUCCUGUGUCUCCGUCUGUGUCUCCUCUUCCCAGACACGUAGCUAAAGGAGCAGACCACCACAGGCCACUAUGGGAGUUUCCUCUGAUGGUGUGUGGAGUUUUGUUCAUCUUGAUGGUUCUGGUGCUGCUGCCAUGGAAGAUACUGGACCAAUACAACAAAACCCACAGGACAAGACAGGCAGAGCUGGAAGCCAGAGUCAGUGUAAGUCCACGACAACUAUCAGCUGAUCCAGACUCAGUGUAAGUCCACUACAACUAUCAGCUGAUCCAGAGCCAGUGUAAGUCCACUACAACUGUCAGCUGAU